AUGAUCCUCCCAAGUGACAGUACCGACGAUAAGCUAGCUGAUUUAGCAAGCUCUGAACAUGCCGCACCCGACGCACCUCCUCCUUAUACUGAAAUUGCCUCACCAGAACCACCCGUGGAACGCCCUUCUGAUAUAUCACAUCUGGCAACUUUCUACGAUGUCCCACCACUCCUGACCCGUGCAACUGGUGGUGUCAUGAGGGAUGGGGAUGCGAUGCCUCGGAGGGUUAAGAUUGUACUUCACUCGAACACUGGCACCAUUAUGGGGAAAAUCUUAUCCGUCGACGGCUCUCCGCCUCCCAAAUUCCACCUCACAGCGACGUCUAAUACCGGUGCUCUGUAUAUCCACAUCCCCCGUUCCUUCCACGGCCUCAUAUCUGCCUCUUCAUCCACCGGCAGCGUACAUCUCUGUCGCGAACUCAUGGGAAAUGCCACGUUGACCGCUGAUGGGCACACGAAGAAGUGUUUCGUUGGCGAUUACCCUGACGUCGACGACGAUCGCGGAAAUGACGGGAGGAAAAAUGAAUGGGACGAGCUGAGCUUAGAGAGCAACCAUGGAGCGAUUGUCGUCGAAUACGCGGACCAAUGGGAGGCGAAGGAGAGGGAGAAGGAAGCGAGGGGGAAGAUGAACGAGGGCAAAGGUUUAUUCGGUUGGCUUUUCGGGAUUUAG